AUAAUAACCACUAAUAACCAACAAUUGACGUUUCCACAAGACUCUUGAACGUUUAAGCAAGCUGUGUUAUGGUAGGCGCCUUAUCCCAGCCUGCCAUAACAAACCACGUGAUUUAAGUGUUUUCUUCAUUGACAGAACAAUUAUCAAUCAAAUGGUAUGCCUUAAGCAGUGAUCAGAUGACUUUUGGCUUAGUAUCUUGAGAACGCAAGAUACCCUAAAUCUUGGUGGGAAUACUGUAUCAUCUUUUCAACAAGCACGCAAAGAUACUUUUGGCUGUAUAAAUCAAGAUGAGCGGUAUUCAAGGCAUUAUUGUAUGUGGAGAGGCAUCAGAGUCGGAUGAAGAAGAGGAAUUUUGUAUUGUGCAAGCUCAAGGACAGCAAGCAAAUGACAGUAAGGGUCUUCAUCAUCCCAUAAAGGAUACUGGACAAGAAAACCAUGAGGAGAAAUUGGCUCCAGUUCCACAUACAUAUCAGCAAAAGAAACUGCAUCAUUCAUUGCUCCAUCAAAAAUUAUGGGAAACAAAUGCAUCUUUAGAGAGGAACUUGUCAAAAGCCUUUCAAGAACCAUUAGUGAAGAAGACUUCCCAUUUGGCUAACCUUAUUACCUCUGUCCCAGCUGCUCAGACAUCAACCCUUGCAGCUAAUGCAGCCUUUAACAAUGUGACAUCAAAUCUUUCCAACAUUGACUUGAUGCUGCAAGGCCUUAGUCACAUCAAUGCCUUUGAAACCUUAAAGUCACAGCCUUCGUGUUCAUUGUGAAGCAAAGUUAAAACAAGAAACUCAUCAUUUGAGAUUAUAUAUGUAGUGAUAACUAUGUAAGAUAGUAUGUUAAUAGCUGUAGUGACAUUUGUUGAAUAUUUACCAAUUUUUUAAAGUAAUUUGUAUUUUUCUUAAUUUAAUGCAGGCUGGAAACAGUUGUUGGAAUUUUGUAACAAGGUGUUGAAAUUUUUUAACAAGGUGGUUAAUUGGAGGUAGGUAGAAGAUUAGGGGGAAACACCACUGACCUGCUGUAAGCUGGCCCUUUUUCUGUCAGCAUCAGGGGCUAUGGGGUGAUUGAGGCAAGAUUAUGAUAAAAGGCAUAGGUUUUUACCUAGAAAAUAUACAGAUUACAUGCUUAAAACUUUGGUUUUGUUCCUGUGCAAAUACAGUCUUCAAAAUUUGCUGUGUUCCUAUGCAUAUACAGUCCAUUGCCUUCUGUAUAGGACAUUCACUCCUAGGUGGGAUGAUAGUCUUUCAGCUAACUGACAAGUUGAAUCUCCUGGAAAUUCCAAGAUCCUGAUCAUGAUUAUGAGUAGGAAAGUAGUGACUCCUUAACAUAUAUAAUUUGGCAUAGGGAUGCAAGAUAGAUUUAUGAGCCAGAGUAAAAUAUAUCUGAGCUCUCACUCUAGGCAAUCACAUUAGAGUUGAAGCUCCAAGAUGGGAUGACAGAGUAUGUCUGAACGCAGUUACAAAUGAGUUGAAGCUGAGAAGCCAACACAGAUCCUGAGAUGAUUUCCAAUGACUUGUGGGUGACAUACAUGCAGUAAAGGUAGUCCGUACCACCAGACAUUAUAUGCCCUCAUUACCUGUGAAAUUGCCAAGUUUCUCAAAAUGGCCGGGGAAAUGGGUCAGUACCCUUGGUUUCAUGAGCUCUUGCUAGGACUAGACAAUUGUUCCCCUCUCACCGAAGUGAGGCACAAGCUUCUGCAAGGAUGACAGGUGAUCAAAGAUGUCCUGCCAAAGUUGAGCUGGUUGCUUCCACUUAAAUAUGUUGAAGUGAGAGUCGUAACAAAAACGUUCUAAGCUUCAGUGUAUAUCAGCAUGCCCUGUAUUUCACUGCUGCUUGGGCACAAAGUUGGACAUCUCCUAAUUAUGAUAAUUCCAAGGUGGUGGUGAACCAUGAACACCCUGCAGUCUCACUUGGGAAGAGUGGGCUGGGUACCUAUCCUAACCCCCAUCAAUCCAGAGAACAAGCAGAUGAUGGGGAAGGGGUGGGGGAAGUCUGGGAGGAAGGAGCGAAGACUCAGUGAUAUUUAAAUUGAGUAAUCCUCUGAAAAAAGUCGUGAACAUCUUUUAGCCUUCCUCAUCUUCUGCCAAACCCCUUCAUGGGAAACAAGUCCAGCCAGCACAUUCCUUGUAGGACCUACCACAGCAGAACAACAAAACAAGCAUAUAAAGACACCAAACACCCAUUUAAAUACUUGACACCUUUCAUUGUUCACUUUUCUUAUCGAGAUCCAUGUUGAACAAAAUACACAAAUACCAGACAUAAUAAAAGAUGAAAGAAGCUACAACUUAUGAUGUCGGAACACAGCAAGAUUGCUACUUGGUUUCACUCGAAGCACAGCAAGAUGUCUUACUCAGUUUCACUCGGAGCACAGCAAGAUGUCUUGCUCGGGUGCAGCGGAAGAAAAAAUGCUGAUUUAUAGGAGGUGAGGGGGUUAACCCCUAAUUCACCCACCUAUCUCAAAUUAACUACCAUGUUACCAAGUUUCAAUAAUAUUUCCAGUUUAUGAUGAUGUUUGUAUUUCCAGAAGAACAAAAUAUGUAUGUUUUUUCUUACAUUUUCAGAUAUUUGGGUAACAAAGUAUAGUAGUGUAAGUUCAAUGUAAAUCUUUCCAUAUAUUCUAUUUUAGACUUUUAAAGCAAACAUGUAUAACAAUCACCAGUCUUUAUUAAUAUCUUAAAAUUAGUGCACAGAAUAUAGUACAUGGUCAUUAUGCAUGAUAAAAAAAAUGUUUCAGGAAUGGAAUUACAAGCUAAAUCAUUACUUCA